CGUCUCGUCCUCGACUUUCACCCAUUAGCCCAACACGUCUAAAAUUUCAUUCCUUUCCUCUUUACCACCACAUCACAUCCGCCGCUCCACGCUCAUCAUUGGGCGACACCACGAUGUCGUCUAGCGACAGUGAGGCCCACGCCUCCAUGUCCAAGGUAGAGAGAAAACGUGCAAAGGAGGAAAAGCGGCAGCGGAAGGAGGAGAGGCGGGCGAGGAAGGCAGACAAGGAGGCAAAGAAGCAGGCAAAAGAAGCAAAGAGGACCAGUUCCAGCAUCGAUGACGAGGAGCGCAGCAGAAAAGAGCGCAAAGGCGCGAAGAAGGCUGCUAAGGAGGCAAAGAAGAGCGCGGAUGCUACAGUCCCUGCCAACCCUUCAGCGCCUGCUCCGGCUCCCCGAAGAGCAACUUCGCCCGUAACCUCACCGAAGCAAGCACAGGGCGUGCAGCUGCCUCCGGCUACGAACCUCCCGUAUGCCUACGCCAACGAGUUCGCAUCUAGCAGCUCCGCCCAAGCGGCGAGCAACCCAUUUGCACCUACGGCGACUCGAGCUUCGUCACGUCGAGCUCCCUCCCCAUUCUACCCUCAACGCCCUCCAGCACCUUCACCCUUCUUUCCUCGACGUCUGCCAACUCCAGGGACAGGCCAAACCACAUCAUCGACGCCAGCCCUCGAUCCGCGGGAUUUCCCCCCUGGCCUCGACCUCUCCUCUAUCAAGACCGACCCAAAUGAAGACGAAGGCCAAACAGGCCCCUCUACUCGUACCACUCGCUCGAGCACUCCCCGACGCAUCACCACCGCCGCCUUGGAUGCCGCUAUCAGUAGCGCAGGAAAUGGCGCCUCUCGCGGCAGUAGGGUACCGCGGGCACGCACCGGCGUCCACAAUGCCGCCGUGCACACCGCCUCUACCGGCGAAAGUCUGCAAAAGUCCAAAUCUGCUACUCUCGAUGACGCUCGCGGCCUCACAGAAGCACAGAUCCUCUCCGAAAAGCUCUAUCAACCUCAUCAGUUCAAAUGGCUUGAGGAAGCAGGCAUGCUGACCACGCUGAAGAAGGGCAUUUUCACAACCGCCGAGCGAGAAGCCAUGCGCACCGCGUUCGAGGCCUUUUGGACCCGUAAUGGGAUGACCUUCGAGCAAGGCCAGGAGACCCUUACCUCACGCUCAGGCAGGGGAGAGGCAGAUUUGUAUGCCCAGAUGACCUCGAACGUGACGGCCGCCGUCCCUGGCCGGUCUCAAAGGGCUGUGAGGAGGUACUUGAGGGAGUGGUUCCACCCUGAUGCGCGCAAGGGGAGCUGGACGGAUCUGGACGUCUGGAAGCUGGUCAAGGCGCAUGAUGAGGUGGGGUCUAACUGGACGGUGGUGAGCCAAAGGGUCGGGAGGAUCCCACGUGACUGUAGGACCAGGGUGCGCGAUCACUGGGAUGAUGAUGUGAAGAGGGUCAAGGAGAUGCAGGCGAGGGGAGGGCCAGCAGCGCAGGACAAUGGCGAGGGAAGCAGCAGUGCGGCUUCACCCUCGACCUCCCCUCCCGCCAACGUGAGCGCCAAAAAGAGGACCGGCCCCGAGAAGCCCUCAUCCUGGACGAGCGAAGAAAUACGGGAGCUCCUCAAAGCAGUCCCUGAAGUCUGCGCACAACUCAACAUCGACCUGCAGGCAGGCGGUACUCCCUCAUGGAAGGUCAUCUCUACCCGCAUCAAGACCAAAGCAGCAUCCAGCUGUCAACGCAAGUGGGACGAGAUUCGCAUCGCUCGCAUGAAGGGCAAGACCGACGAGGAGAUUAUCGCAAAUAAGAGGACUGGCCGCUCUUCAUCGUAUUUGAGCGCAAGGGACAAUAGAGCACUGGUCCGCAGAUUGGAAACCCAAGCGGGCGUGCACGGGUGGGAAGACGAGAAGAGUGUGGAUUGGGGCAAGGUGAGGGACGAUGAAGACGAUAUAGAUGGGGCUGAGGAGGAGGGCAGCCUGCUCUUUGGCAAGAACGAGCUAAGUAAGGCGUGGAAGCGACUCAAGGAUCGAUCUCUCCCUGGAGCUGCGGCAAAAAGGGGACAGAGUGCGGGCGCAACGAAGAAAAUGAGCUUCGAGGAGCAGCUGGAGAUUUUGAAGCCUAUCGUAGAGAAGGAGCAUGAGACUUGGCGAGCGACGCAGCAGACCGAAGGGGAGACUCCCCGCAAGAAGAAGAGGGGAGUGGACGAUGCGAGGAGUCCAUCGGGCAGCCCGAGCAAAAGGCCCAAACGGGCGAUUGGGACAGGCGCCGUUGAUUUGGGGGAUGAGAUUGGGUCUGAUGAGGAUAUGUAGGGGAGAGGAUCGGGUCGCAGCGGCGAAGCAGGAAACGACGACAAUUUGAGAAUACCCAUCUACUUUUACACGGUC